AUGAAGACGCCUUUGCAAACUCAGUUAUAUCAUCGGGAACCUCCGGCAGGUAAAAUGUACUACACUAAGCGAUUUAGUAUCGCUGUGAAGAUGUUCACUUUUUAG